AUGUCAUACGCAUCAGCUCUCACAACCAUAAUUCACAACCCUCGGUUGCGCCUGCUCAAUGCUCUUCGAGCCAAGUCGAAGCCUAUCAUGACUUUUUUAGGGCUGCCGUCUUUUCGAACAGCCCAAAUUGUAGCUCAGACCGGCGUUGAUGGCAUUAUCAUCGAUUGCGAACAUGGCCAUAUCAGUGAUGAUUCCAUGCACAACUCCACUGCUUCCAGCGCUGCUAUGGGGGUUUCGCCGCUUGUUCGUCUUACAAUGACUCACCCGGAUUUGAUUAAAAGAGCUUUGGAUGCCGGUGCACACGGCAUCGUUGUUCCUCAAAUAAAUACAGCUGAGGAAGCAAGAGCUAUUGUCUCCUAUGCCAAGUUCCCUCCACAAGGUGUUCGAGGGCAAGGCUCGCCGUUUCCCGGUAUCGCCCAUGGCAUUGAUCUUCCGACAUACAUGAAAACAGCCAAUGAGACUCUUAUUACGUGUCUUCAAAUUGAAUCGAAGGCGGGCGUCGAUAAUGUUGAUGCGAUCUGUGCUGUACCUGGUAUUGAUAUGGUUUUCAUCGGGCCCAACGACCUUGCCCUAUCGAUUCUUGGGUAUGUUCCUGCAAAAGGGGACGAGCCUGAGUUUGUCGAUGCCAUCGAAAAGAUCGUGGCGGCUGCUCGAAAGCAUGGCAAAUGGGUCAGCCGAUUAUCAAACGACGGGGCCUCUUGCAGGGAGCAUCUCAAGGUUUUUGAUAGCGUGGCCAUGAGCUAUGAUAUUCGGGCGCUUCAAAACUGGUAUACAGCUGAGUUGCAGGUUGCACGCUCGUGA